AUGUGUGCGUGUGUGUGCAUGUGUGUGUAUGUGUGUGUGCUGUGCGUGCGCGCCCGCGGAGAGAGGGGCGGGGGAGGCGGAUGAGGAGGAUGAGAUCAUAGUUUCAGGAUCCUCAGGAAACCCUGGUACUGGCAGCAGCCAGCCUCUGCUGUGCCCACAUGACCCACAACUCUGGCAGCGGACCGGGCACUUCCAACAUUAUUAAAUAAUAAGAAAGCGGCUCCUACUCCAUGCCCAAACCUCCCUACAGACCGGUGGACACCUUCUAAGAGUUUGACGAGUCGGUGACUGAGGCGCCCGUCCAUUCCAAGAUAAGUGAGAUUUACCAGUCCCUGGAUGAAACGCUUGGAAAGUCUUUAAAUGCCAGAGUUGACUGCCAUUUCAAAGAAAAGAAAAUAGAUGGUUUUGAAAAGUUCAUGCUGUUUCUUCAUUGAAUUUUAGGCUACAAUAACAUAAUACCAGAGACUAUGUAGUUUAUAAAAGAUGGAAAUUUAUUUCUCACAGUUCUGCAGUCUGAGAAGUACAGGAUCAAGACACCAGCAUGGUCAAGCUCUGGUGAGGGCCUAUUUCCUGCUUCAUAGCAGAAUGAUUGAAGAUAGUGGGAAAAGAGGAAAUACCAUGGCAGAAAGAAGACAGCUGUUUGCAGAGAUGAGGGCUCAAGAUCUGGAUCGCAUCCGACUCUCCACCUACAGAACAGCAUGCAAGCUGAGGUUUGUUCAGAAGAAAUGCAAUUUGCACCUGGUGGACAUUUGGAACGUCAUAGAAGCUUUGAGGGAAAAUGGUCUGAACAACGUGGACCCAAACAUAGAACUCAACGUGGCCCGAUUGGAGGCUGUGCUCUCCACCAUUUUUUACCAGCUCAACAAAAGAAUGCCAACCACUCACCAAAUUCAGGUGGAGCAGUCCAUCAGCCUCCUGCUAAACUUCCUGCUGGCAGCCUUUGAUCCGGAAGGCCAUGGUAAAAUUUCAGUAUUUGCUGUCAAAAUGGCUUUAGCCACAUUGUGUGGAGGGAAGAUCAUGGACAAAUUAAGAUAUAUUUUCUCAAUGAUUUCUGACUCCAGUGGGGUGAUGGUUUAUGGACGAUACGAUCAGUUCCUGCGGGAAGUUCUCAAACUACCCACAGCAGUGUUUGAAGGGCCUUCAUUUGGUUACACAGAACAGUCAGCUAGAUCCUGUUUCUCUCAACAGAAAAAAGUCACCUUAAAUGGUUUCUUGGACACGCUCAUGUCAGAUCCUCCCCCGCAGUGCCUGGUCUGGCUGCCCCUUCUGCAUCGACUGGCAAAUGUAGAAAACGUCUUCCAUCCAGUUGAGUGUUCGUACUGCCACAGUGAGAGUAUGAUGGGAUUUCGCUACCGAUGCCAACAGUGUCACAAUUACCAGCUCUGUCAGGACUGCUUCUGGAGGGGACAUGCCGGUGGUUCCCAUAGCAACCAGCACCAAAUGAAAGAGUACACAUCCUGGAAAUCACCCGCUAAGAAGCUCACCAACGCGUUAAGCAAGUCUCUGAGCUGUGCUUCCAGCCGUGAACCUUUGCACCCGAUGUUCCCUGACCAGCCUGAGAAACCACUCAACUUGGCCCACAUCGUGCCACCCAGACCUGUAACCAGCAUGAAUGACAGCAUGUUCUCCCACUCUGUCCCCUCCUCAGGAAGUCCUUUUAUUACCAGAAGUAUGCUUGAGAGCUCCACCCGGCUUGACGAAGAGCACCGGCUGAUCGCCAGAUACGCAGCAAGACUGGCAGCAGAGUCCACUUCGUCUCAGCCAGCACAGCAGAGGAGUGCCCCUGACAUCUCCUUCACCAUUGAUGCAAAUAAGCAACAAAGGCAGCUGAUCGCAGAACUAGAAAACAAGAACAGAGAAAUCUUACAGGAGAUCCAGAGGCUGCGGCUAGAGCAUGAACAAGCUUCUCAGCCCACUCCAGAGAAGGCGCAGCAAAACCCCACUCUGCUGGCAGAGCUCCGCCUCCUCAGACAGCGCAAGGAUGAGCUGGAACAGAGAAUGUCUGCUCUCCAGGAGAGCCGGAGAGAGCUAAUGGUCCAGUUAGAAGGUCUUAUGAAGCUACUAAAGGAAGAAGAAUUGAAGCAGGGAACCCAGGGGGCAGGCUCUCCCCGCUCCUCCCCCAGCCACACCAUCAGCAGGCCCAUCCCCAUGCCUGUCCGGUCAGCUUCCACCUGCUCCACCCCGUCCCACAUGCCUCAGGACUCUCUCACAGGGGUAGGGGGAGACGUACAGGAGGCGUUUGCACAAAGUUCAAGAAGAAAUUUAAGGAAUGACUUACUAGUAGCAGCAGAUUCGAUCACUAACACCAUGUCCUCUCUCGUGAAAGAGUUGAAUUCCGAGGCGGGGAGUGAAACUGAGAGUAACGUGGAUUCUGAAUUUGCACGGACUCAGUUUGAAGAUCUGGUCCCAUCACCAACCUCUGAAAAGGCUUUUCUAGCGCAAAUCCAUGCCCGAAAACCCGGGUACCUUCACAGUGGAGCUACCCCAAGUGCCAUGCGUGGCGACAUGGUUACAGAAGAUGGGGACCCAUAUGUGCGGCCAGAGGAUGAGAACUAUGAAGGUGACUCUGUCCGGCAGCUGGAGAAUGAGCUGAAGAUGGAGGAAUACCUGAAACAGAAGCUACAGGACGAAGCCUACCAGGCAAGCUAUAGUCAGACAGAUGAAAGUAACAUGAGAACUGGUGAUGAAGGACAGAGCUGCACCCACCCCUACAGAGGAGAAGACGGCAGCCUGGCAGCAGCCUCACCUCACAGAAGAGAGGACCCACUACACGCAGCAGCUCCCGACAGAGCCCUGCCCCUAAAGACGUGUUCUGCCGGCUAUAGCGCAGCUAACUUUUUGUUCUCAGAUUUGUAGUUCAUAGAUGUGUGUUUUGAGAAGGAAAAAAAAAAAGACUUCUGGUCAAAGCUAACUUAUCAGCUACAUCUUCUGUAACAUGUCUCAUCCCUCAAAAUGAAAGCACAGGCUGAAAUCCGCGCUACUGUUACUCACAACGGCAGUAUUAACAAGCAUUUUAAACCUUUGCACAUGAUAUUGAACCUGGUCAGUUUACAACGACAAUAUUAAUACUGUUUAUAGCUAGGAGUUUGAUUUCGGAAUUCUCUGAGAUUUUAGCAAAACAAUUGAUUAUAUACACUGUACAUUCUUUUUUCCACAGCAGUUGGAGGAAAACAACCACUUGCAAUUACUCACUAAGCCCCAAGGAUUUGGUUCCUGAGGGUAAAGACUCAGAGCCCUAAAGCCAAGAAGGGCCCUUGGCCUGCAUGGUCUGCACUUGUCUCCAAGUCUCUGAGAGCAGAGGCUUGAACCAAACACACCAGGAGAAUCCUGUCUUUGGGGCUUCUUUCCAACUUGGGGUUGUUUUCUUUUAAGAUACUCUAACCAAUCAGCCAUAGAGUUUAGUGUAAAUAUUUUUUUCCAAAUAGAGAUCAUAUCCCCCCCCCAAAAAAGGCAACAUUCAAAUUAUAUAGAAUCUAGUUUUUAAAAUCAGCACAGAUCUUCUUAAAAACUGUGAACUGUGUUUUGAAAUACUCGUUACUAAAGCUGUUUAUAAACCACAGGUGCCAUAAGAUCCCCCCCAAUGGACUCAAGUUAUCUCUGCUCUUCCACGGGCUGGUUCCUCUCGGUUUAGCUUUAGGGAGCAUGUUUCUAACAGCACCGCUCAACCGCAAGUUCCCCUAUCAGGUCAUUUGGACGCCUUUCAGCUUUAAAUGUACAGGCUUAAAGUGCGCUUGCAAACGUUCGCCCUCCUUUUCUUUCUGAAUGUGUAUUGCCUUAGCUGGCUACCUGGUGUUCUGCAUGCAGCCUCCUCUGGGUCACAUGAGAGGAAACAGGCUCUUCUAAGUGGAGUUGGGAUUUUGCACUCCGUGAAAAGCUAAUAUGCAAAAGAACUGACAAGGAAGGGAGAAUGAAUGACUCUGUCGAUGGUCCUUUCUGAGGCCUCUCUUUGGGGACCGCUAAAGACCUCCCUUAGGGAUUCUGGGGAAAUGAAAAAAUAAUCUACUCGUUUCAAGAUUUGAUGAAAUAAACAUCCUACAACAUAGUAGAUACAUUAUCCUUAAAUUGGCAGCUUCCCUGGAUUCCUGUUUCUCCUCUAAGAGAAAGAAGAGAACAUCAUUUUAGAACAGUGGUUCUCACAGUGUGGUCCCUGGACCAGCAGUGCAGUAUCACCUGGGAAUUUAUUAGAAAUGCAGAUUCUUAGGCCCUAACCCAGGCCUACGGAAUCAGACAUUCUGGGGCUGGGGCCCAGUAAUCUGUGUUUGAAUAAACCCUCCAGGUGAUUCUGAUGCACACCGAAGUUGGAGAACCACUGCUUUAGAAUAAAGUUGUAUAAUAAAAUCUCUGAAAAGGCCUUAUUCAGAAUAAGCAAGAAAGAUUCUGAGUCAACCUCAAAGCUACAGCUCUUCGGUUUUGCUUCCAGGGCAGGCAAAAUCCUGCCACCUCCCAGAGUUGGUAGUUGGUGGGUGCCCAGCUGAGAAGAGACAUGCUGACAUCUUCCAGCUUCCUCUCCAGAGAGCUCUAAGAUGUUCAUGUCUCUGCACUGGGUCCGAAACCACCUCCUUGGCUGCCCUGUGGAACAAAAUUGCUUGCCUUGGCGAUAGUAAAGCUCUUGGUUGGCAUUAGCAAGGAGCCCAGUCUGCCCACUGAGGUACUUAAUCAUAUUUCCCUCGGGAGAACCAGCCUGACAAAUGUCCCUGAGAACAGGCUGACACCAAAGGGACACAACUGCACAGUUCUCAGAUUUCUUUGCACAGAUGGAUUUUAUUGCGGAUUUUGUUGGUAUAUCUUAAUGUUCAUCUCUUUUUCACUGCCCAUCCUCUGUGAACCCGUGCCUCUCUAGAUGGAGCAGGUGGCCACUGGUGCCUCAUACUCAGUACUUAAAACCACUACAUCCCAGCUACCUUCAUGGCUGUCAGCUCUCAAUCAUAGCCGGGCAGUUCCCGAACUCAGAACCCUGACCCUGCAGGUGGCGUUCAGCCACCAACUGGACCGAGCUGACAGAUGUUGUCAUUUUGUGUUUCUACAUCAAAAUGUUUGUCUAAGGUUUGAACUGUUCUGCCAAUAACCUUCCCCCGUCAUAGCAUUCAUUGCCAACUCCAUCACACGGUUGUCGAAACCAUCGUACAAAGCCAUUGCAAGGACUCUGGAAACUGCUGCCAAUGACCAAUUCCUGACUAACCAGCCACCUUUUCUUUCUCUUAGCUCCACGUCAGCACUGAGA